AACAGUGGUUUAGUAUUAAAAAACGUAAAACUGGUAUUUUUAAAGUAAAAGUAAAAAGUAAUUGGAAACAUUAAAAGCAGUUUUAAUUUAAAAAUGAUGAAAACAAAUUUUUUCAAAUGUUUGCUCCUCUGUUUCAUUAUAAUCAAAAUCAACAAUAGCGAAGGCUAUGACGUUCGUGUUUGUACGGGAUGUACCAAAAGUUUAAAUAACAGAGUCCAAUGCUUUGGACCAAGUGAAGAAGUUGAUUGUGCCAUAUGCGGCUGUAGGGUAGCAACUAUAAAUUGUUCUGGAAUGUGUUGUUUUAAUGGAAGCUGUGAUUUUAAAAAAGGGGUGAUGAAUUGGACAUGUCCGAAAAAUAAAGUUUGCUAUAAUGUCAAUUGUGCCAAAAGUUGUCGAUAAAGUUGCGGUCAACUACUUAGUCAACAACAUGCACAAAAAAGUUACUUUAUAUGUUAAUACUGAUAUAACGAUUUGA